CCAUGACAGAGUUACUUUGGGUUCUAUUGAGAUCAUUGGAAUGUACCAUUGAUGAGUUUAAUAAAUCUCAAAAGUAUUUUAGUGACGGGAUCAUUCGUAAGUCCCUGAAGGAUCGUGUCGACAAGAGAUCUAUUGAAACUGGGCGAGUAAGUGAUUUGGAGUUCACUCGACUACUUCAAGAUUCCAGGACAAAACCGGGUUUUCCAACUAGUUUAGUUUUUCCUUUCUUUGUCUGGGAAAGAUAUAGAUACUGGUUAUGUGGUUAUUGGUUUACAUGUGAGGUUGACUGUCCUUCUGGUAAUUUACCGUAGCGAUUGUUGAUAAUGAGGAAUGUCAAAGGAUGUUUGUAUCUUCUCAGAGUAUUUCACUGUAUAAUGGCUGGCAAAUACGUACUGGGCUGUCUUAAAAGUGUUAAUCAUAUGCAAAGGUUUUCAAUGUCAACUGCUAGUAAGAUUGGAAAUCGUGAAAUAGUUGGAUUCGGUUUGAAUGGAGAGCCUUCUUACAUUGAUCGUCUGGAACGUCCUAUGCCUGCUAUAAGAUUCAAGGAAAACACUCCGGAUAUACAGGUUUUAAGGGAAAAAGAGAAAGGAGAUUGGAAAAAGCUCUCAAUUCAGGAAAAAAAAGCACUGUAUAGAGCAAGCUUCUGUCAAACAUUUUCUGAAAUGGAAGCUCCUACAGGAGAAUGGAAGUCUAUUGCUGGAAUGACAUUAAUAGCUGCCAGUGCUGGUAUCUGGCUUUUCAUAUACUUCAAAUUCUUUGUAUACCCGGAUUUGCCUAUUACCUUUGAUGAGGAACAUCGACUGGCACAGCUGGAGCGUAUCAAAAUACUCGACGUGAAUCCUAUACAUGGUUUUAAUGCUAAGAAAUAAAUUUACAAUAUGUUUUGUAAAAAUUCAAUAAAAAUUGGUAGAAACGGCAUUUAGUAUGUGAUCAAAGUAUGCAAAAAAUAAAUUAAUGCUCAGAGAAUAAA